AUUCAGCCAUAGCAGAUACUACUCCGUACUCCCAGGACACCCAGGAGACGCCCGGUCGUUCCGCUUCGCUGCCCACUCCCUCGUGCCGUCCGCCGCCGCGUGCGCCAUGGGCGACCCGCCGGCGUUCAAGAGACCCAAGCUCGAGAAGGACGACUACGACUCCGCCUACUGGCCCCGCUCCUCCUCCAAUGGCGCCGCGCCCGUUCCCCCCGCCGCCAGCAGUGCGCCACCGCGGGAGGAGGAGGAGGACAUCACGGAGGAGGCGGUGCUCGCCAUCAUCGCCCACCGCGAGCGCGACGUCGAGCGCUGCAAGCUCAAGCUCCUCAACUACCAGUCCCUGCUGGACACCGCGGAGAUGAAGCUGUCGGAGGCGCAGGGGCGGCUCGCCCGGUACCGAGAUCGCGCGACCGAUCGCAAGCCGUCGCCGUCGCCGCCGCUGCCGGGCCAGAGGGCACCGACGCCGCCAAACAAGAGGGACUCCAAGCCGUCGCCGCCGCCGCCGCCGCCAGAGAAGAAGGCUCCCACGCCCGCGCCGCAGCCAGUGGUAAGGCCGCAGCUCGUCAUCCCGGGAGCCAACACCCGGCUACCCCCGCGGCCGGUGCCACGCCCAGAGCCAAUGCCUGGGUUGAAGAAGGCGGCCGCCCCGUUGUCUUCUUCAUCGCUGGCGCCGGCAGAGCGACAAAGGACGGAGAAGAAACCCAACAGAAAGAUUGAAGAGGUGCAUCAGAACUUAAUUCCGAGUGUGAAGAAGUCAUCUGCGACGGUGCUUAAAUUCUAUGGUGGCUCUGUGGUCUCAAGCCAACACAAGAGGAAGCUUAGGUGUCUUGAGCUAUGCCCUGUUAAUGAUCAGCUUGUUGUUACCAGUUCAUUGGAUGGAUCACUUAAUCUUUGGCAAGUGCAGCCAAGAGGACCGUCUAUCUCCUUCCUUAGCAGAAACGAUUGCUUUUCUCCAAAGCAUAGAUGGCCUGAAGAUAUAGCUUGGCAUCCAGAUGGUGACACAAUUUUCGCUGUAUACAGUGCUGAUGGUGGUGAUUCUCAGGUUUCAAUGAUGAACCUUAUAUCAGGACAAAGGAAAGUAACUUUCCUACCGGAGAAGCCUCACACAAAGGGAAUCAUAAACAACAUAAGUUUCAUGCCCUGGUCUGAUGCAUGCUUUGUGACUGGUGGAAGUGACCAUGCGGUUAUACUUUGGGAAGACAAAGAUGAUUCAUGGAAACACAAGAGAAUGCACAAGGAUUUCCAUUCUUCUGCUGUCAUGGGUGUUGCUGGAUUGCAACAGAGAAAAACAAUAUUAUCAGUUGGCUGCGACAAGAGGAUAAUAGGAUUUGAUCUCUCUACUGGAAGGACAGAGUUCAAGAACAUAAUUGAUAGCAAAUGCAUGAGCGUAUUAACAAAUCCAUGCGAUUUCAACUUGUACAUGGUGCAGACAGGGGCGCCAGGCAGACAGCUCCGCUUAUUUGACAUCAGGCUUAGGCAGACUGAGGUUCAUGCAUUUGGUUGGAAACAAGAGAGCAGCGAGUCUCAGUCAGCUCUGAUUAACCAGUCAUGGUCUCCCGAUGGCUGGUACUUGUCAUCUGGCUCAGCAGAUCCCGUGAUCCACAUCUUCGACAUCAGGCAUCAUGGCCAGAACCCCUGCCAGUCUGUGCAAGCGCACCAGAAACGAGUGUUCAAGGCUGUAUGGCACCAAACAUUCCCAGUUCUGACCUCCAUAUCGUCGGACCUCAACGUUGGAAUCCACAAGUAUUAAGAGCCAUCAUUUUCUGGGCUGACUUUUGGUGCAGUGGAUCAGCAAUGCUUUUUGUAUUGAAGUAGCAAUGUUUCACGAAGACUUCGGAAAUUUGUUUGCUCAAAGGAGGAGUUGACUGAUUUUGGUUAUAAAGAAAAGUAACACGUCAGUUGAAGAAGCAGCCAAAUCAGCACGUUUUGAUCCAGUUUCACUGGCCCUGCUAGGCCAUUGGCUUUCAAUGUGGCAGAGCGAUGCAGCUGAAGAGCCCACAGUUAGAAGUUUUGCUCCUGUUAAUCGAAACAUUUCCACCUUUUCAACUGCUGCGACUGAGCCUGCUAGGCUGUUGGCUCUCCAAUCUGCCACUUCCAGAGUGAUGCAUCUGAAGAGGUACCAGUUGAAUGUUUUGCCCUUGUUAUUUUGGAAGGAAAAGAGAACUGGAGCGGGGAACCCCGCAUAUAUGUCCAAUCUAUUUGACAAUGUAUUUCCUCGUCUGUUACCUCAUUUUUGCGUUGUUCUUGCCCUUGUUGGGUGUUUUACAGGCUAUUUAAGGUCAAAAUGACAAUGUCCUCAUCUACUUAUGAAGGCUCCUCGGCUAGAUUUUGUAUUGGGUAGGGUACUACUGAUUUCCUGCAAAGAAUUAUGGCAGUUGGCUGACCGCACCAUUCUGUUGAUCAGUGGGGUUCUUUCAAGUUUCAAUCAUGCUAUGCGAUGUUUUGUUGAAUAACUACCUCUAGUGAUCAAUUCAUCAAGAGUUGUGUUUAUUAGAAAAGUAUGUCUUCUCAAUAGACAUGUCUUUCUAUUAUAUCCUUUCAUCAUUUAUAAAUAUAUAGUCACAUCAUGAAUCAAGAACAAGAGUUGAUUCUACUCUCUACUUUGUCUCUACUUUUUAUUUGCAACACGUUAUCA